CGGAGCAUGUCCAUUGUACGAGGUGUUCUGAAAGAGUACCGCGAUUGUUGAGCUGCAGUCUGAUAAAUGCGUGAUUUCUUUAAAGUUAUUUCAUUCGCUGUAGCCGGUCGUCGCCUUUUAACUCCGAGUCGUCUGAGAUUUACGUCAUAUGUGAGUCUUACGGGAAAGUAACGGGUGGUUACAGGGAAGAACAGCGACGGUCCCACCAUAGGAAUUUCUUCGUUAGCGGCAGCUCAGCCACCUUGCGGUCUUGCUAGCACCGGGGCAAGCUAACGUUAGCUGCAGCUGUGUUGUUGUGUGUAUCUGGCGGAUAUCUGCUGGGAUAUGUCUUCAACCAGAGAGUGUAACGUUUUAGCAUAGGUCGGCACAGUUACAGAUAAACAACAGGGGCUGUUAGCUCUCGAAGUAGCCACUUAGCCGAGCUAGCUAGCUAACGUUAACGCCACCGGAUUGUCUUUCACAAAAGGGCAGCGCGUGAACAAGAGACUUGGAAGCCAGGCUAGCGCUGUUUUAUCUACUGUUUUUUAAUUUGCUGGGCUGUUGCACACAGAGCAAAACAACAGUACAGAAUGAAUGGGUUCAGCACAGAGGAGGACAGCCACGACGGACCGCCGGCUCCGCCGUUUUAUGGACAGAGCUGCUGUCUGAUCGAGGACGGUGAGCGCUGCGGCCGGUCAGCUGGAAACGCCUCCUUCAGCAAGAGGAUCCAGAAGAGCAUAUCCCAGAAGAAGCUCAAACUGGACAUUGACAAGAGCGUGAGACACCUUUAUAUCUGCGACUUCCACAAGAACUUCAUCCAGAGCGUCCGCAACAAGAGGAAGAGGAAGACCAGUGAUGACGGAGGAGAGUCCCCAGAUCAUGAUGUGGAGGUUCCUGAGGUCGACCUUUUCCAGCUGCAGGUGAACACAUUGAGACGCUACAAGCGACACUACAAGCUGCAGACCAGGCCUGGACUCAAUAAGGCCCAGCUGGCAGAGACGGUGAGUCGUCACUUCAGGAAUAUCCAGGUGAAUGAGAAGGAGACGCUGACCUACUUUAUUUACAUGGUGAAGAGCAGCAAGAGCCGCUUGGACCAGAAAGGAGACGGCGGCAAACCGCUGGACUAAACUCCGCAGCGACCACCACAGCAGCAGUAGCUCCAGACUAAACCAACAAUUCUCCACAGCUUUCCACAAAAAACCUGGACACCACUAACAGCAGCAGCAACCAAAACCAGCUCCUCCUGCAGCCCUGCCACCGUCCCACUCCUCUGUAAGACCACAAUACAAACUCUUGUUGUCCUUAGAGGACGUGUCUCUGAAACGGAGGAGAAUUCAGGGUGGGAUGAGUUAUCUUUAGCUCAGUAUACCCUCUUCACAUAAAAACUGUCUUCGCGCAUGUCGUCACGAUGGUCAUUUCCUCUUCCUAUCCUCCGCAAAAACCAGGUCUCUAAAGACUGUCGUGGACCAGGACUCACUCCGCAGGGUUUUUACGUCGUUAUGCUGUAAUGUAAACUGUCUAUAUGUACAAAAGAACAGCGUCCGAUCUGCAGUUGGUUGAAUGCAAUGUACAAUAGCUGCCUUAAGAGUAAAAAAAAAACGAGGGGUAUUUUUUUCUUUGCCGAGUUGACUGUUAACACGUUCACCAAGAGAAACGCUUGUGCCAAACAGGAAAGCUUGUUGGAACUGAAUGAUGCUGAGUGGGGUUGUUUUUUUAUUUUUAAUAAUGAAUGAAUGACUGGUUGGGAGGGGGCGCUGCCUUUGCUAAAGUUACACCCAGCAUAUCAGGGCUCAGGGUCAGUUUUAGUGGCACCAAAUUCACACAAAACUCAAUAAUGUUUAAAAUAUUCUAGAACAAGCUGAUCUCAGUCCCUACGUCAUUUUUUUCGUCACCCUUUUCCAACUGGACGUGAUGCGUUUAAAGACAGGUGGUGGUGAAUGAUGUAGCAUUUGGCUAUGACCCACUCUUCUCCUUCUCGCUAGCUGUUUUAUGUACGUAUGAACACACACAUGCUGUUUAAUUUUCUCUGUGCAUCGCAGGUGUUGGUAGCUUUUUUUUUUUUUUUGUAGCCCAGUUUUCUAUCAUUCUCUUUAGUUCAGCCUUAAGUUGUAUAAAGUUGUGUCUGUGUGCAUAUAUGAUUUAGAUUUCUCCAUUUUUUUUCCACCUGAAGUGGAACUUGUGUGUGUAUGUGUGUGUGCGUGAGUGUGAUAGGGGUGUAAGAUUAAUUAUUAGCGUCAUUUUAAUAUUUAAGAGCAGUGUUUAUAGUGGACAACGUCUUUACAUACCUGGAUGUAUUUUAAGAGGCUGGGUUAAUAGGUUGUUUUUCUCAUCUCAUAAUCGAAUUAAUUUAUGCCUUUUGUUCAGUAUCAGCCAGCCAUUCAGGUCCAACACAAAUCUAAAUCUAAAUCUCCCAUCACAACUGAAUUGUUUGAAUUGUUUCAUGACUUUAUGACCAUCUUGACUUCUUAAAUUAUUUCAUUUGUUUAGUAAAGAACUCACUUGUGAAAUGAAUAAGAAAACCGAAUUGAAGAAUGUCACCAUCUGUCUGAUCAGGGCUUAUAUGUGUAUACAAAUAAGCCACAAGCCAUGAUGGGAAAUGACCAGUAGCCCUUUUGGCAGGUAGCCUCCCAGCGACAGCUGAAACAGCUGAUAUACGACACUGCAGAAAACCUACACGUUAAUUUAAAUCCUAAACACACUGCUGAAACCUCCAACGGACAACUAUUUGUUUCGCAUCUUCUCAAACUCCACCUCUGUGAUUUGUUGUUUAUGUUGGUGACUGCAUAGAUUGUACACACAGUUUUUUGGGGGGGUCCUGCAUCCUCUGUCACACAUCGUAUUUAAGUUUGUCCACCACACUGAGUUCGUCUACUUUCAACAGGGUUCUUUUUUUUGUGUCUGUCUGUUUAUAUUUUCAGUUUUGCUUGUAGGUUUGUUAGCGUCAUGUAGAUAACACCCAACUUUAUUAACAUAUAGGCCAUGCCUCAUUAACCUAAUUGUUGUAUUAGAUUAAAAAAACAUAUUUAAAUAUGGCUGCUUAUUGCUCCUAAUAUUAAUAAAUGUAUUGUACAG